AAAAUACAUAUAAAUGCAGAACACACUCAGCAGCAUCAAUAAGCAGAUUGAGACGCUGACUUGAUUACAGAAUGAAGAGGCUUGUGGUCUUAUUCUUCCUCUUUCUCCUCGCUGCAUCUGAAAGACAAACUCUUUCAGGUAAAAUGUUCACCUUUCCUGUGGAGUCCAAUCGACAUCAUGUGAGUCUCACUCCUGAGCUGAAUAACUCGAAUUUCACGGCGCUUACUGUUUGUCUGCGUGCCUUCUCCGACCUUUCCCAAAACCAGAGCCUUUUUUCGCUCGCGUUCCCAUCACAAGAAAAUGCCUUUGUAAUUUUCAAGCCCAAACAAGGCACAUAUAGGUUACAUGUGGGAGCACCAUAUGUAGAGUUUUUGGGCAUGCCGGAUGAUCCCAAUGUCUGGAAUUCAGUGUGCGCUACGUGGGAAGGGAAAACAGGAGUCGCUCAGCUGUGGGUCAAUGGAAACCCGAGCACACGGAAAGGAUUCUCUCGUGGAGGCUCUUUAAGUGGAGCACCAAGCAUCAUACUGGGUCAAGAACGAAGCAAGGCAGGUUUUGUCGCUUCCCGGUCAUUUGUUGGAAUGCUGACUGAUGUGCACAUGUGGGACUCUGUUCUUCCUCUUGAACAGCUUGCGUAUUAUACAUAUGGUCGGCAGUUUCAGCCAGGCAAUGUUCUCAACUGGAACUCCUUAGAAUUCAGUAAAACUGGGUAUGUGCUACUUGAAUGUACGAAAACUACUCAAAAACUGAAUUAAUUAGAUUCAAGCAUAAACUCAGGAACCUGUAGGAAGGAUUAAAAAAUAGACCCAUUGUGUGAUGUAACAAACAUGAACCGAUAAUCCAAUGAAAUGUCACUCGAUAUGCAAAAUGAACAGGUGAUAAUAAAUGCAUAAAUGUGGAAAAAUAUAAACACAUGCACUACCUGUGAUCAAAUGUGUGACUUUUCUUUAAGUGUUUGUUCAGAGAAAUCUCCUUUUGAUUUUUAUAAUAACGUUACGUAUUGUGUUGCAUCUGUUAUAAAAAAAAAUUUUAAAAAACAAAACCUAUUUCAUUAAAUCCAUGUAAAAAGCAGCAGCAGGGCUACAUAUUUCCAUUGAGUAACCUAAUAUACAGUAGCUAUCAUUCCUGCAUAUUAGGCCUGUAGAUGAGAUUUUUCAGGUAAAUUGGAUCAAUUGAAUGGCAAGCUCAUGAAAAAUGAAAAGGAGGCUCUUUAGGUGGAACUCCACAAAAAAAAUCAUCCUUGGUCAUCAACAAGAUUUUUAUGGUGGAGGGCUUCAUGGUCAUUUUUAACAAGCAUUAACAAAGAAUGCAAUGAAAUGUCACUAAAUAUUUUAUGUUUUGUGAGAUCCACUUAUUUUUGCAUUUCAGCAUUUAACAAUACAUGUAUUUAUAAGUGAAUCCAAGGCUGAUAUAAUACAGAAAUACAGAACAAUAACAAUAACUGAACAAUACCGACAUAAAAUGAAAUAUACCUAUAAGUUUCAUUUCUGUACUCAAAAUGACUCAGUAAUUAUAUGCUAUAGUAAAUUUUCUUGUACUUCAUAUUUAUAAUACACUACUACAAUAUAUAUAGCCAAAAGUCUGUGGACACCUAACCAUCACACCCAUAUAUGGUUCUUCCGCAAACGGUUGCCGCAAAGUUAUAAGCACACAACUGCAUAGGACAUCUUUGUAUUCUCUAGCGUUACAAUUUCCCUUCAGUGGAAAUCUAACUGGCGUAUCCCAAACUUGUCCGUUGUUGCAAUAAAUUGGACAAUAAACUGGAGUCAGGGUUUUUGAUAAGCCAGUCUACUCAUGUGUUGUGUUUAGAAGGUCAGAGCAUCUAUAUCUAUGUUAUGUUUUCUUUUUAUGUAUAUCUAUUUAACAGACUAGUGUGUAACCCAACAAAAUAAUACACAUAAAGCUCUUCCAUGUCUUUUAUAUUAUUUUCAGGGUUAUAAAGCAUUUUGAGCCAUUGCACCAGUAAAUUGAUUUUAUUAUUAUUUGUUUUGUUUUUUUUAAUGAUAAAUAGGCACAGACAUUUCAAACUUCAAAUACUUACCCUGCUGGAAAAAUAAACAAUAGAAACCCUUAUAGAAUUUGUAAUGGUUAUAAUGGGAAUUGUACUGGUUUUAAUAGAAACUGCAAUGGUCCCUGUGGGUAUCUACUGGUUAUUUGUUGCCUUCCCUUGGUGGCAUGUUAUGUCUAAUGGAUACCAUUAAGGCCCAAUAAUGGUAAUGGUAACAGUUGUAAUGUUUAGCUGAUGGUUUGUAAUUGUAUAUGUAGUGGUUACCAUUAGAAUUUCUAUGAUGGUUUCUAUUGGACGUUUUUGGGGGUUUUUUCCAGCAGGGUACAACUGGAAAUUAAAAUAACAGCCAGGUAUAUGAAGUUUUGACUCAUUAAUGUGCUUCAGACACUGAUGAAGCUUUAAAAUCAUUUUUAAAAAUGGGUCAAAACAUUGUUUGCUACUCUAACCCCUAACUAUAUUGGAUGCGAGCGGCGCUUGCAGAUGACGUCACGUGAAUUUUCCCGGGCUCGGCUGCGUCAACCAAUCACACUCUGCGUCUUUAGCUUCAUGCUGCAGCGAGGAUCUUACCGGUCAGAUUAUCUUUAUCUCUUUAGUUUAUAUUUCUAAAUUUUUUCAGUGUAUAUCCUGGUUGUCUUUUUUGUAUUGAGAGUAAUAAACUGUCACAAUUUCAA